CUGUGGCACUUCCGAAUCUUAAGCUAACACGUUUAUACUAGCCAGCCGCUCCAAAGUCCACCAAUCGAAACGAUAUAAUAAAUGUACACAAAAAUUUAGUGGUCAGAGAUUUAUAUGUUUUAUCAUUUGUGCUGAUAUCUGACAGCCAAUUAUUGAUUCUCGCUCCAUGCGCCGUGUCGGCUAAAAACAAAGCUGCUAAGAGUUUCAGUUAGCUUAGCUUGUGGUUAGCCUUCCAUGUGCGCGUGGCUGCUAACAAACAUGCUGGGGCAGUACGUUUUCUUUAUGCUCCUGUUUUACCCCAGUGCCCACAAGCUCGGUGAAGCGUGUGUUGCGGCUGCUGCAGCGGAGGCACAGGACCGAGGAGCUAGCAGCACGGACACCCUGAUCCUGUGCAGGGCUUGCGGACACGAGUUAGCACUCGGGACGGACAUCCGCUCCGUGCCUAGCCGGCUGGCGCUCUCCAGCCGCAACGACACGCUGCUCGGGGGUCGAAGGGUUAACGUUCAGCUGUUUGAAAAUCCCCACGGACACCGGUUUGAGGUGAUCACGUUCAGAAAAGCCGACGUUACUCAGCACUGGCCGUCAGACAAGCGCUUCUCCUGGUUCCCGGGGUUCUCCUGGACCGUGGCCACCUGUCCCAGGUGUAACACUCACCUAGGUUGGGCCUUCCAGCCAAGUGACUGGCCUGACAGGAUAACAAAAAGCAAUUUCAAGGAAUCGGAGCACACCUUCUUGGCUUUAAUCACCCAUCGCCUACUAACAGAGGACUUUGCUUCAAGCCUGCUUAUGACUCCAAAAUCCUUCUCCAGCUGACAGACUUUACAAGUAGUUAACCCUGGUGCCUUUGCCACUACCCGAAUUAUAUUUUCUUAAAUUUGAAUGCACCCACACAUUUAUACACAGUAAGUUUUAUUAUUGUAACAAAGCAAGUUGUACACCUCAAAUUUAAAACAAUUUCUUCCCCCCCCACCCCAAGCGAAAAAGGAAAAGGGUAAUUAAAUGUAAAUUCUGAGAUAACAGGUCCAUUUUUUAAACCCAUGAAGCAGUGGGGGGCAAAAUUUACAAGCUUGUUUUUUUUCCAUUUUGUUCUUUAUUAAAAAUGUCAUUUCAAAUCUCAUGGAUAUCUGUAAAACAAUACAAUGAAAAAAAAAAAGUCCCAUAGAAAUGGUGUCAAAAUAACCACUCUCCCCAAUAUCCAACAUACUCCUGCCCCACCCUGCCCUCCCUCUAAACAUUACAAGUCAAAGGAAUGAGCUGGUACUCAUUAAGCACGUAGGGGAAAAUAAGUUUUAAGGAUUCAACAUCCCAAAUUAAAAAAAAAAUAAUAAUAAAAUUUAAAAAAAAUGAAAGAAAAGAAAAUAUUUAGAGGUCUGCUAGCGCUAGGUCACUACACCAUGGCUUUAAUCAAUUUACCACACAACCUUGAACAGAAGAACUUCUGUGUGAAUAGUCUUCAAAUCUACUUAGGAUGCCGUGCUGAUUCUAUUUUUUAGACUUUUUUAUUAUCAUUUUUAGAUGACUUGAGGGGGAUGGUACUCAAAAUUCAGGGCAAAGUGCCAUUUGCCUUAGAUGAGUCGAGGGAUAACAAAACAUGGCACCAACAAGUGAAAGAGGCUUCAGAAUGGAAAAUGAAGCACACACGGAUUU